UUUUCUGAUUACAGUCUUUACAAUAACAUACAUCAUCCGAGCAAGUUGGUUGUGGGAGCAGACUUUCAUUGUUUCAAACAUAAGAUCGAGCCUAAGUGGGAAGACCCUGUCUGUGCUAAUGGGGGCAAGUGGACCGUGACUUUCCAGAAGGGGAAAUCAGAUACGUCUUGGUUGUACACGUUGCUGGCUUUGAUAGGGGAACAAUUUGAGUAUGGUGAUGAGAUCUGCGGAGCAUUUGUCAGCGUGAGAGGCAAGCAGGAAAGAAUAGCACUUUGGACCAAGGAUGCUGCCAAUGAAAGUGCACAGAUAAGCAUCGGGAAACAGUGGAAAGAGUUGCUUGAUUACAACGAAACUAUUGGGUUCAUAUUUCAUGAAGAUGCGAAGAAGCUAGACAGAGGUGCCAAGAUUCGUUACACUGUAUGAGUUUUAUAGAGUUCUCUAGUAGUAGACGCCGUGCACAAUGCAAGAUUGCUCUCAGGACUCUCUGUAAGCACCUGCGGCAUUACUUGGUUGCCUCCUUUCAAGUUCUUAAUUGUUGUUUGACCUAUGGCUGUUGCUUCAGGGAUUGUUACCUAUAUAAGUGAAUAUUAGUAGUUUUAAAUUUCAGUUCGCUGACCAUUUAUGAAGUGCUUUUCAAUGGUUACUUUCAUUUUGUUACAA